AUGACCCGUCAAGUGGACAGAGCGUGCGACGAGGCUGAACCCGCAUAUGCCGUGUCGGCUUCCCCUUGCACUCCCGCAACACUUUGCAAGCCCGACAAUGAAGAUGAAGACCACCAGCAGAUAUACAAUGUGCCUGGCUACGAUGCCACUCUUCGCGCCACGACGGGGGAAACUCGGCGUGCCCUCCUUAAAGUCGAUUUUCUCAUCCUGCCUUUCAUCAUGCUCUGCUUCUGCUUUCUCCAAUUCGACCGCACAAACAUUGGCAACGCCCUCACCGACACGCUUGCCAAGGACAUGCAGAUCGACAACUCGGACAUCAACCUGGCCCAAACGCUCUUCACGGUGGGCUUUAUCAUUACCGAGCUGCCCUUCAACUUGAUCAGUCGGUACAUGGGGCCCGAGCGUUUCCUCCCCAUCACCAUGUUUCUCUGGGGGACCGUGACGUGGGCACAGAUAUUUGUGAAGAAUGGCGCCGGGCUGAGUGCGGUGCGGUUCUUCAUUGGAGCCCUGGAGGGGGGUUAUAUCCCUGGAUUUGCGCUGUACAUUUCCAAGUUUUACACAAACGAUGAGCUGGCCUCGAGGUACGCCCUGUUUUGGGCAUCGAACGCGAUUGCCGGCGCAUUGGGGGGACCCCUGAGUAUCGGGUUGUUGUCGUUGAGCGGGCGUGGUGGUUUGAAGGGUUGGCAGUGGCUGUUUCUUGUCGAGGGCAUUCUUACCUGUGCGCUAGGGGUACUUGCGUACGCCUAUCUCCCCCACAGCGCUGCGCAACCAAAGAGCUUCUUUGGGGCGUCGUUCAACAUGUUUACCGAGCGGGAAGCUUCCAUCCUGGUGACGCGCGUGAUGCGGAAUGAUGCGACCAAGGCCCUUGCCUGGGGCAAACCCGUCCAGCCGUCUCACGUGUGGCAGACCUUUAUGGACUGGCGACUGUAUGGCCAUCUUGUUGCGGCGCUGCUGUCCAUGGUCAUGAUUGCCCCCAUGAAUACAUAUGCGCCGUCCAUCAUCAAGGCCCUCGGCUUCACGCGGCUGCAGGCAAACGGCCUCAACUCGGUGGGAAGUGUGUGCUCGCUUGUGCUGUCUGUUGGUCUCGCAUUCAGCAGCGACAAGACAAGGGAGCGCGGCGUCCACGUCGCUGUCGGGUAUCUGGUGGGCGCCGGAGGCCUUCUCUGGCUUGCGCUGGCGCCGGAUGAUGUGCGCAAAUGGACCCUUUACGGAGGCGUGGUAUGGACACAGAUGGGCAUGGGCUCGGCACAGGCCAUCAACGCCGCGUGGCUGACGACUAAGAUGGAAGAUCACAAGCGUCCUAUUGCGCUGGCGGCAUAUGUCAUGAGUAUCCAGCUAGCCAACUUUCCAGGCAACCAGCUCUUUAGGACUCAAGACGCCCCGCGGUAUAAACGCGGCCUUAUUAUUGCUGCGUCGUGCGCAAUAGCCGCCACUGCCGUGAUUCUACUAUGGAAGAUGCUGUAUAGACUGCUGGACGGCGGUGAUGGUGGCGUUGAAAGGGCAGCAUUGGAGCAGGACCCGGAGCCGCAGGACUAG